AUGAAGUUUUCAUCUGUUGUUGCAAUUACCUUGCUAGGCCAACUAGCCUCUGCCGCUCCUUUCCUUCACUUCAAGAGAAAUGCUGAAGCCAACGUUGUUGUUGUCACACAGACCGUCGAGACCACCGUGAUUAUCACCCCAGGUGCUACCCAGGUUGUUGGACAGGCCGCAACCUACGCUGCCUCCUCCACCAGCACCAGCGCCACCCCAACCCCAACCUCAUCUUCUGACGACUUGGUGGGAGCUGCCAACGUGGAGGACUCCAGCAGCUCCACAACCGUGUCUUCUACAAGCUCGACCGAAUCUUCCACAUCCUCUACCGAGUCUUCCACAUCCACCACCUCGACUCCAUCCCCAACUACAUUAUCCACCUCCUCCACUGAGUCCACCACCUCCUCAUCCACCUCCUCCACCGAGGCUGCCACCUCUUCCUCCUCCGACUUCCAGUCCCAGAUCCUCAACGAGCACAACGCAAAGAGAGAGCUCCACGGUGUCGACGCCCUCACAUGGGACGACACCUUGGCCCAAUACGCUCAAGCUUACGCCGACAAGUACGACUGUUCUGGUACCUUGACCCACUCUGGUGGCCAGUACGGUGAGAACCUUGCUCUUGGCUACUCCACCACCGGUACCGUGGAUGCAUGGUACUCCGAGGGUGACAACUACGACUACGGCUCCUCGUGUUCCGUGUACGACCACUUCACCCAGGUUGUGUGGAAGUCCACCACCAAGGUGGGAUGUGGCUACAAGCACUGCAACUCCUACUGGGGAACCUAUGUCGUGUGUUCGUAUGACCCAGCAGGAAACUUUGUUGGUGAGUGUGACUCCAACGUUCUUCCUCUUUCAUCUUAG